AUGUUUUGUAAUAAUGAUUUUCUGUAUUACAAGACAUGUUGAAGAUGGCGCUUCUAAUAUUCGACAUCCUGCGAGAGGUUUUUCUAACGAUUGAUUCUCUUAUAAACUGCAGUAAAUCGAUGCCAGUUAUUGCGCUUCUUCAAAGCCACGUCGUCGAGAGGUAUAUUAAGUUAUUUAGAAAUUAAAAUAAUUCAGUAUUUUCGAACAAAAAUCCAUAUUUGGUAAACUUGUAAUUAUACAAAGAUUUGGAUUAUUUUAAAUCUUUAACGAUGUCAACCACAAAGCAUUUUAAUAAGAAAAAAUAUGCAAGUUCGAGCGAUGAGGAAGAAGUGGGUGAUGUAAAUUUCAAAAGAAACUGUAAAACACUUUUGAGAAGUAAUCGAGAAGAAAAUGUGGUAUUUUCGAAUAAUACAGUAGAACAGACACGUCGACGUGGUCGAGGACCUUCCAAAAGGCCUUGUCUUAACCGUAAUGCUUUAAUGGCUAGAGAAAAUAGACUUCGUAAAAAAGCAUAUUUGGAAAAAAUUGAAAACACGUUGUCAUAUUAUGAAAAAGAGAAUAAGAAACUUGCUUACACAAUACAGAAACAAGGAAAGGAUAUAAAACGCCUGACAAGUGAAAUUGGAUAUCUGAAAAGUGUUCUGCAUAAUAAUACUACUAUUACUGCUUUAUUAAAAACAAUAAAUGAUGGUUUAAAAAAAUUAAAUACUUAUAACAAAAAAUCUGUAAUCGUUAAUAAUGUAAUGCAAGAAAGUCAGAAAAUACAAGAUACGGAAGUUAAAGAACAAAAAUGUUCAUGUCUUCUGAAUGGUAAAAAUAAUGUAUCAGAUUCUUCAAAUUAUAAUAUUUUUGAUUCAAUAAUCAAUAAACAUAACCAAACUGAACAAAGUAGUUUGCAGCAGCAACUUAACACUAUACAAGAGAAAAAUACUGAAUGUUAUGAAAGUAUGGAAAACAAUGUUAAUAAUAAGAAUACAUUACCUCUAAUUCUUUCCAAUAUUGAUCAUACUUACACUGUUUCUAAAAAAGUUGAUGUUAGUCAUGAUGUGGCUAAUAAGGACUUAGAAAAUAACAUAGAUACAAGUCCUUUAAGUACAACAUAUCUGAUGAUAAAUACACCAAGUAGUAUAGAUAGCAGAUACAUGCAAGAAACAGAUUGUAUAACUCCUGUAACAACAAACAGUAUAUGCAAUUCAGAAGAAACCAAAGAUACCAAUAUUGAUGAUAUGGAUUUUGAUGAAUUGACGCCGUUUAAUGUAAAUUUAUUUGAAGAUAUCCCAAAAUGUGAUGAAAUUAUGAGUUCAAUUGAUCUCGAAGUACCAAAUUCUUGUACGGAAGAAGACUUAUUCCAAAAUUUAAAUAAUACUGGAAUUUGUUUACAUGUUAAUUCAAAUAAAAUAUCUUUAGAAUAUUGCGCGAAAUGUCAUAUUAAUAGUACAAAUAGUGAUAUAGAAUGAAGGGGAAACUGAUCGUGGGUCUUAAAUAAUCUGUGAGAGUUAUUCUAGAAAUUUGAUAGAAAGCAGCAGAGUUGUACAGGAUUUCUGAAAGCAUGAAAAUGUUUAAAUUCAAUGGAUUCCAUUGGAAAUCAAAGGCCAAACUUGUGAAAAUCAACUCUGCCAUAAACUAAAAGUUAUGUUAUUUUUGUAUAUCUUGCUUUUACAUAUUACUUUAUAUUUCUCCCUUAGAAAGGCAGGCUUUACUAUACCUUUUGUACUUUAUAACUAUUAUUUUUUAUAAUUAUGACUAUAUAUAUAUAUAUAUAUAUAUAUAUAUAUUUCUAUUUUUAUUUCAAUAAUGAUAAGUAUAAUAUGAAUUUGUAAUAUAAUAGAAAUAUGAACUACAAAAAUUAAAUAUUAAUGUAUAUAUCCAUAUUGAUACAGGAUACUAAGAUCAAAGGUUAUAUCUCAUAAGAACUAUAUUAUUGCUUCCCUCUGAGACUGUAGUAAGAUUUUAUUUUACAGGAAAGCAACACCCCAUUCAAGUAAUUUAUGGGAGAUUUGAAAAAGUUAUAUUACACAUUUGGAGUAGACAUGGAGCCACGAUCACCCCUUCUUUUCCAGAUUCAAUAAGUGUUAAAAAGAAGAUAUUUCCUAAAAUCUAGAAAGUCUCAGGGGAUAAAAUAUAUACAUGAUCAUAUUGUAAUAUUGUAUAAAUGUAUUACAAGUAUCAACACAAUAUAUGAUUUGUUAUAUUCAUGUACAAUUUUUGUAAUUUUUGUAUAAUAUAAUAUAAAUACAUAUUAGUUAUUCAAAAACAAA